CCCAUAACUACCUUGGUCAUUGGGACAACGCCCUGACGCGAACGUUGAUACAGAAAGGCUGGUACUGAACUGACGAUAGGGCGACUAUAUCAAUUGGGUCGCAGUAUAUAUAUUUCCGCAUUUUCAAUUCAGCGCAAUCGCCCAUCGCACAGCGCCCAUCGCGACAGAUAUAAUCUCGGACCGAAAAUCAAAGCCGCAAAACCGGAUUGAACAAACUUGCGCACCCCGAGACGUCACUCACGCAAACAUACACACAUACAUACACAAAAGGGGUUUGACGGCGUAUAUCAAGUCGACAACCCAGAUACAGACCAAGACCAAGACCAAGCAGAAUGAAAGACGACGCAACGCCAACAAUGUCAACACCAACAGCAACUACCUCAACCUCUACACCUCCAACAACACUCCCAACACCGACAACGACGACAAUGGCAGACCCAUCUACGCGCGGCUCAAACGGCAUCUCCGUACAAGACUGGGAGCGCAUGAAAUACAACACAUCCUGGUUCCUUGUCAUCGGGUGUCCGAUCGCGCUGGCCCUGCCGCCGCGGAAACUCGACCUCUACUCGUUUGCGCUGACGGGGGGUUUCGUGUUUGGCGCGAAUCAUCUAACCGUGUCGUAUUCGGGGAUGGGCCUGCUGGGCCACGUCGCGGCGAAGACGGGCAUCGGGGGCGGUGCGACGGGCGGGCUGCCGACGGCGCGGGCGCGGCAGGUGCAGGAGGAGCUGAAGCGGGAGAAGAUGCUGCGGAUGCAGGAGGAGUUGCAGGCGGGACAUGAGCGGACGAAGCUGUCACAACAGCAAGGACAGCAGCAGGAGGCAAAUAAUCAGGGGGUGCUGGAAAAGGUGUGGAUGGGAGGGGAGACAGACGGAUGGAAGGAGAAGAGGUUGCAGGAGGAAAGGGAGGCGCUGGAGGAGGGGAGAGGGUAUGGAAGUCUGAUUAUGGAUCAUAUCUGGGAAGUCUGGAACUGGGGCAAGAAGAGCGAGGAUGAGGAGGACUAGGUGGACGUGAGGGGAACUUGUGAAAAGAGGGAGGAAGAAUGGCGGGGGAAGAACAAAAAGAAUGGGCUGAAAGAUGAAAAUAAAAACAAGGGGGGAAUAGAAGGGAAAAAGUCAAAGGGUAUCGGUAGCAUGGCAAACAUUGCAUGCGGGACAUUUGGACAUUGGACAUUUGACAAUCGCUGCUCUAUUUGAUGGCAUUUACUGGAUGGAGUUCUUUUUUUGUCUUUCGGGGUAUCGAUAUCAUUUUGUUAUUGUAUCAUACAAUACUGACAGUUGACCUGCAAACGACAAGGCUGUCGAUUACGUGCAGAAUUCUGUCAUUUAUUUUCUUUGUAAAAAUAAGUUGCGCGGGCAUAGUGUCAGAUAAUAUCCUGUAAUUAAUAUCACGCCAAAGGAAACAUGCAU